AUGUCUAUAUUUGCACCAACAACAUCUGCUGAUUUCUUCAAACAAGAAAAAAGAGAUGGGCAUGAUAGUCAUUCCAAUCCUCAAACCUUUACAGGUCACAUAUUCAUCCCAGAUACACAAUCUAAGGCAAUCGUUCCCACCACGAAAUUGAAUUCAAUCGCUCCCACCACAGAAUUCAAUUCAAUUGCUCCCACCACAGAAUUCAAUACAAUUGCUCCCACCACAGAAUUCAAUUCAAUUGCUCCCACCACAGAAUUCAAUACAAUUGCUCCCACCACAGAAUUCAAUUCAAUUGCUCCCACCACAGAAUUCAAUACAAUUGCUCCCACCACAGAAUUCAAUUCAAUCGCUCCAACCACAGAAUUCAAUUCAAUUGCUCCCACCACAGAAUCCGAUUCUAUUCUGAAUCAAAGCUCAAAUUAUGAAUGUAAAUGUGGCCAUCUACACGGACCCGGACAAGGGAACAUUCACGACAUAUGUGCUGUUGGAUUCGCUGAAUUUCCUUUACUCAGAGGUCCUGAUUAA